GCGGGAUGGGAGAAGAACGAACCCCCUCGAAGGCUCAAAGAGCGUGGGUAUACGGAUAUGCACCCGUACAGUACAAUACCUACCAAAAUAAAUACAUACAAGUAUGACGCUACCUUAGUGAGCUACUUGCGCCACACUAGCCACACUCUUGGCUUUUCUGCCGCACCUUUCCGCUCCAGACUUCUUUCAAGCCGAGUCUUGGGCUGCUUGCCCACAAAUCAACGAGAUUUGCGAAACCCUGAAAAGCUGCUAGCAACCUCAACAACGGAACACAGUUCAAAGGCCGGCGCAUCCGCGGGUUACCAGCUUCCACAGUGAUUGCGCAUUCAUCUUCCAGACACCAUGAUUGACGCCCAGAAAGAUGCGCCGUUCAAAUCGGCGCAGAUCGAGUCGCUUGUGGUGAUGAAGAUCGUGAAGCACUGUUCCUCAAGCUUCCCGACUACCGCCACAGGGUCCCUUGUGGGAAUGGACAACAAUGGGCUACUCGAGAUUACAAACGCCUUUCCUUUCCCGACGAUCGAUGUUUCAACCGCCGACAACCACCAGACCGAUGCGUCGAGUCUCGCCGCGGCUGCUCCCCGUGCGAAGGCCAACAUAGCAUACCAGAACGAGAUGAUCAGGCAUCUGAAAGAGGUGAACGUCGAUGCCAACAACGUGGGCUGGUACACGAGUGCCACCAUGGGCAACUUCAUCAAUCUCAGUUUCAUCGAAAACCAAUACCACUACCAGCGCGACAACGACAAGACAGUGGCGCUCGUUCACGAUGUGAGCAGGAGCUCUCAAGGCACUCUGAGUCUGCGCGCCUUUAGGCUGUCUCCCGAGUUUAUGGCGGCCUACAAAGAAGCGAAGUUCACUACUGAGAGCCUUCAAAAGUCCAAGUUGACCUUCAGGGACAUUCUCAUCGAGGUCCCUGUCAUUGUUCAUAACUCCCAUCUGCUCACGUCGUUUGUUCACCAAGUUCCCGCGCCGCCCGAGAAGCCCGAGAUUCCGCUCCCAGCUUCUCUCGACGACAUCCGGCGAGACCCUGUCAAGUUACCCGCGCAUCCAUCAUUUGAUGCGCUGGACGUCUCCAUUGAUCCUUUCCUGGAGAAGACUUGCGACCUGCUGCUCGACAGUAUCGAGGCCCACUACACCGAUCUCAACAACCACCAGUACUACCAGCGACAGCUUACGCGCGAGCAAUUCAAGAUCUCGCAGUGGCAGGCGAAGCGGAAGGCCGAGAAUGCUGCUCGCCUAGCAGCCAAGCAACAGCCCCUGCCCGAGGACGAGUGGCAGAGGCUUUUUAAGUUGCCACAGGAGCCCAGCCGGCUCGAGGGUAUGCUCAACGCUAGGCAAGUAGAGCAGUACAGCAAGCAGGUGGACGGGUUCACAGCGACUAUUACCUCCAAGAUGUUUGCGGUGAGGGGAAACCUGUUGCCUGAGUGAUCCGGGUUCAUAGGUUCUGCCAUGAAGGACUUGAAGGAUAGACGAUGGCGGGUGGGGUAUCUCGACUGCAUUAGGUCUGGCGUUCCGGGUCGUGGGCUUGUCUAUUCGCUUUUCAUUAGUUCGGAGCUAGCCAUGGCUGAUUCUGUCUCGGGACUGUAUGCGUCUCCAUCUGCGAUACGAAGCACGAACGGUGACUUUGACGCUCACAUGGUUGAUAAAAAUCGCGAGAGUUUUGGGUGAUAUUCGGGCCCAGUAUAUUUCCCGGGCUCUGCAACAAAGCGGCAACGUUGGCCU